AUGAGGACCUCGUCUUCCAUCUUGCUCCUUGCAGUACUAGCCGCGUUCCUAGCCAUGGUCACUGCAGCGGAGGACAGAAACGACGAGAUGCGUAGUGGAGACGUUCGCGACCACCAAUGGUCCGGCAGCAGCGGCGGCGGGUCGAGACCUCAGCCGCCACCGCAUCGGUCACAGGCCUCCCGUUCGAACAGCUCCACGUCGGCGUCCUCCCCCAUCCAUGGCGGGCCCGGCGGCGAGGCCUACAAGACAGCGGAUGAAGCUGCAUCCGCAGCGGCGUCGGAAGUAGAAGCAUGUGGGGACAACGCGGGAAAUGCGCAGUGCUGUGACCCUUGGGACACGGACCCAUCCGCCAUGGAUCUGCUGCUGCUAAGGGCCGAGGAGCAGCGCAACAAAAGCCCCACUCCGGCACACGCCACCCCUGCCAGAAAGGGGCAGCAGCCGCGCGCAGGUCCACUCCACCCGGCGCCGCCAUCGCCAUCGCCCCCGGGAGUGUCAGCCACACCAGGCCACAAGGGAGGCACCGCAAGACAGCCCCCACCGCAGGACGCCCACCGCCCGAAGCCACCACCGCACCAGGGGAGCAGCCGCAGCGCCCCGGUAUUCUCCAGUACCCAGCAGCAACCAGUCCCAACACCCCAUGGUUCCAGCAGCAGUGGCGGUGGCAAUCCCACAACCCCGACUUCCGCCGCCAGAGAUCACGACCCAGUGUUCAGGCAAGCGUCAGCGGCCAUUGACCGGAGCCAUCCACCACCAUGGUCGCCCACCUCGGGGAACGCCCCCACCGCACCCGCCGGGGACGUCGCCGUCAAGCGCAGCACCCACCAAGGCGUCAAGGCGCUCCCCCCAGGGUCAGCGCGGCGCCCAAGGCACAGCGGCCACCGCAACGAAGCGCCGCCCCAGAAUGGCUCCGACGAUGCCCUCCAGCCACCCAGAGCACCACCAUCCGCGGACAGCCUCCCAAGCUACCUCUGUGACAGUCCCCGAAAGCCUGAGAAGAGGGGAAGACUGGCAGCACCGCCCGCAAAAAUCAACGGAGCAGCCUUCAAGGGAAUCUUCCCAACCCUGCCCGAAACCGACAGCGCUCAGCGGCAGGACAAUCGACCACAAACCCGCGACCAGAGCGCUACAGUCAGUGCCGAACCCCCGAGGAGCUGGUUGCGCGCUGGACGGUCUUGA